CUUUUUUGUUGGACGGGAUAGACUUCGCUUCUCCACACGACUCCUUCAGGGAGCAACGAAAAUCAGACGCUGUUUUCUUUGUUCUUUUCGCAACAAGGUGUUUGGAUUGGGGUUCUUAUUGAGGCUUGAGAACGGGGCAACGCUGACAACAUCAACCACUCCUCUUUCAUAUACUCUUCGGUCCUGGGCGAAAAAAUGUCGAUAGACUGGUGGGCGGGUCUUUUGGGUUAUGAGGCAUGUUAGUUUCUCAACCGUUCUGCUGCUGUAUUCUGAAUCAGAAAUCACCUCGGCCAGUAUGGCCAGACACAAAAGAUAUCCUUAUUGGUAUUUCGAAUUUCCACAGCUCCUCCACCCCUCCCUUAUUGAGACCUAUCUAUCUGCUUCAGUCCACGCUCGAAGCGUCAAGUACUAUAUGCACGUGUCACGCCGCCCCUUAUCUCGUAAACAGGAACUGAUAUGCAACAUUCCACUCUUCAACACUCCCCAGGAGAUCGUUCUUUUUCUCCACGUUUCAGCAGACUUGUCACGCCAGGGCUGGGCCGCGGGGAACGCAAGAAAAGGAUUCUCACAGGGCUCAGGGGCCAGGGCCCCAACAAGAGGCGCGGGUUUUGGGUUGGGCCCCGAAGCGAGUGUCUGGAGUAGCGUGGUAUCGCUUGGCUAUGCCGCACUCCUUUUCUUUUUGCGAGUGUAUUCCCCUUUUCCUUAUUUUUUGGUUCCUGUCAUACCUUGUUCGUUUACCCUUUUCGGCUUCUCCGGAUUUACAUUACAUGUAUCCGUACACAUGUGGGAGGGCUGCAUCUGCGCUUUUGGGACGUCUCUCUCCGGUACAAACGGAUGACGGCGAUGCCGUGCGGCGGGCUGUGGGGAUGUAACGCUGGCCUUACGUGAAGUUUAUUGCCGGUACUGAGAGUGGUUACGCGUAUGAUGCUAUGCUGUGUGCGUAUGGUAUGGUAUGCUUGUAUCCUUCGUAUAGGUUUUGUGUGUGUGAGAGAGUGUGUGUGUGAGAGUGUGUGUGUCUGUGCCCAAGCCAGCUGAGCUUCGGUGCCAGUGCCAUGCAGUGCGAAACACGCCUCCGGUGCCAACGAGGGCCUUGAGUCUCGUGGGCAGGGCAAAUGGGUGAG